AUGUCAAAUAUUCCUUCUAAAGCCUUUGCUGGGUUGGAAUCUCUCAAAAAUUUAGACUUAAGUCGAAAUUAUAUUGCGAAACUCCAUCCUGAUUCACUGAAUGGCUUAUCGAAAUUAGAAAGCGUUGAUCUAUCUGAAAAUAGGUUGUUAUAUCUUGACAGUGAUGUGUUUUCAAAUAACCAAAAUAUAUCUCGCCUUAUCUUGUCCCGAAAUCAAUUAACAUUUUUUAAUCAAAAUACCUUUUACCCAAUAAGGUCUUCGCUUCUGUAUAUUGAUUUGUCGUGGAACCAAAUCGCAUGCGAUUGUGAGUUAAGUUGGCUUGUCCGUUGGGUUAUUAGUACACCUACACUUAAGCUUCUUCAAGGGGAUAACACGGUUUGUGGUAUAGCAUCGUUAGAGCCAUUCAGAGACAAACCUUUCCUAGACUUCAAUCCCACUAAACUGUGUGGCUUCAAUGUCAACUUGGUUUGUUUGCCUUUAAUUGUUGUCAUUUCCUUGGUGGCAACCAUUAUUUUAGUAUAUAAUUUUCGAUGGCAAUUACGACGCUGGCUCUUUCUUCUAAAACUGGCCGCAUUGGGUUAUAUAGAGGCGCGAGACCCUCGGGAACAUGAUCAUUACGAGUACGACUUGAAUAUCAUUUUCCACGAAGACGACGAAGCAUGGGUCCGGGAACAUCUCCGAGUGGUCAUAGAAGAACGGCUUCCGCAGUUCCAGAGGAAGGUGUGCGGAGAUGGCGAUCUUGUCGCAGGUAUGUAUUAUUUAGAGGCGAUUGACUAUGCGGUUACCAGGAGUUACAAGACGGUCGUUGUGCUCAGUAGGGCCGCUAUCAAGGAUCGUUGGUUCAUGCUCAAGUUCAGAACGGCUAUUGACCACGUGACGGACACCCAGACUGAGUUUGUCCUUUUGUUAUUCCUGGAAGACAUCCCUGGCGAAGAAUUACCUUUCUUAGUAAGGUUGUGCCUUAGUGAUGGCAGGCCGUACGUACAUUGGCCUGAAGACAUUAGAGGACGGGAAUAUUUUUGUGAUGAAUUGAUCGCAAAAUUGACCAUUAAUCUGAAGACGAAUGAUUUGAUUCCAAAUGAAUGAUAUUCGGAGACCAAUUUCAAUCGGGUGCUUCAAUAAUUCA